AUGGGACAGAUCAAGAGAAAGCGCGAUGAGGACGACGACCCAAUCGGGGAGGUGCGACCGGGCGGAGUCGGUGUGGCCGGAAUCCUCUCACGCGUACGAGGCGAAAGUGUCUCUCCCGAGUCCAACGACGCUGCCACCAACGGCUCCGGCGAUAUGACGAGCGAGAAGAAGAAGAAAAAGAAGCGGAUUGACGGUGAACAUGAUAGGAUCAAGUACCCAACAUUGACCUAUGCCGAAGGGAAACUGCAGAAUUCAGUUCGCAUUGCUGAUAUCCAAGGCCUGCUACUGUACUGCUUCUCGGACGGGGUCGCGCCGCAGUGGAUCUCACUCAAGCACUCCAGAAACGUGCGCAAGGUCACUAUUCUCAUGGUCCCAGGAUUGGAGCUCGGCAUGUUUGAUGGGUCCAUCCCGUUGGUGUCCAUCGACCCCAACAGCGACAGUGCAGAGAAGGAGUCCCCCAGCAAGCCAGAGGAAGCAAACGAUACUCCCGAAGAAAGAAAAAACCAAGACUUCGAACGAUGGAAACUCGGACUCCCUCUUGCAGACCGGUCCAACCGCUACGCUCCUCGACCCCUUUCAUCAGACGCCGUUCCCGAAUCUCUUCGUCCGCUGAGCAACAUCUUUCCACACAUCUGGCCGGUCAAGGCCCCCGGUGACAACAAAUACAACAAAGUGCACUCGCCCUUGCAAGCUAUUUUGAUGUCACCGCUUCCCAAGUCCAAGGACAAGGACAGUAAUAGCCGCAAGGGCGCUAGGUCAGCGAACUUCGACAAAAGCAUACAGUUCAAGCGAACCCCAAUUACGGAAUUCAUCGCUUCGCUAGUCGACCUACGAGAUAGCGAAUAUCCUUUGCAUCCGGCUCUCCUGAGUUCAGAGGCAGAGAGGGCUGCUGAGGCCGAGUCGCGCAAACGUCAUAACCGAACCGCCGAAGAUGGUUGGGUUGAUACAAACGUGUCUACUUUAGAAGCGGGCGUCGUACCUGACGCAGAGAUCGAGCAGGGCAGCGUGACAGCCGGACGCAAGGUCUUGUCUCUGGAUUGCGAGAUGUGCUUGACCGAGGGCGGCCAGUCUGAGCUGGCACGCAUCAGUAUGGUUGGAUGGGACGGCGAAGUCGUGCUCGAUGAGCUCGUUAAACCUUCUCGACCCGUGACAGACUACCUCACGCAAUACUCUGGCAUCACUAAAGAGAUGCUGGAUCCGGUGACCACCACACUCGAUGAUAUCCAACAGCGCCUUCUCACUAUCUUGACGCCUCGAUCUAUCCUCAUCGGCCAUUCUCUGAAUUCCGAUCUCAUAGCUCUCAAACUCACACAUCCUUUCAUCGUCGACACCUCCAUUAUCUACCCUCAUCCCCGUGGUCCACCCUUGAAGUGCGGUUUGAAAUGGUUGACUCAAAAGUACACCUCAAAGGAAAUUCAGAAAGGGCAGUCUGGUCACGAUUCGGUCGAGGAUGCUCGAGCUGUGCUUGAGUUGGUGAAGCUCAAGUGCGAAAAAGGUGUACAAUGGGGCACUAGCGACGCAUCUAAUGAGAGUAUUUUCCGCCGUCUGGGACGUUCCAUUCGCCCAGGCAGGGAUGCCACGUCCGGUGAGUACCGCACCGGUGCGGUUGUUGAUUGGGGUAAUCCCGAGCGAGGCUUCGGAUCACAAGCGACUGUCUCAAUUGGGUGCCGUGACGACGAUGAGGUUGUCAAGGGUGUCUCCGCAGCUGUGAAUGGAGAUUCGACCAACAGCUCUAUCCCCGGGGGUGGUGUAGAUUUCACCUGGGCCCGCCUUCGGAACCUCGAACACUUCCGUGGCUGGUGUAAUCGAGCCCCCGACCCUGACAAUGCCAACCAAUCUACCGCCCUUCCUCCCCUGCCAGAGGGAACGCCAUCCACGACCAGUCCGGAUGGCACGACGGCACCCCCGACGGACAAUGCUCUGGCGGACGCGGUCUCCCGAACCGCCUCCGACAUUGCCCGUAUCUACGAGUCACUUCCACCUUGCACCAUAUUCAUCGUUUACUCUGGAACGGGUGACCCCCGUGAGGUGGGUCGCCUGCAAGCAAUGCAUCGGGCGUAUCGCGAGGAAUUUGGCUCACAGAAGCCGUGGGACGAAUUGACUAUCAAGUGGACUGAUACUGAGGAACAAGCCUUGAAGAAGGCAUGCGAGCAAGCUCGUGAGGGCUGCGGCUUUAUGUGCGUCAAAUAG